CUUUAUAUUUGCGUAAAUGAGCUAAAAAAAUUAUCAUUAUAUUCUAAAGUAAAAGAGGCUUUUAUAUGUAUUAAUCAUGGAGAUACCCUAAAAUUCUGUGGUAAUGGAGAUUCGCAGGUUAUGGUUAAAGCAACUUGGUCCCAAGCUGACUUGGUUCUUAGCAAAAAUCGCACCUACACAGUUAGUUAUAGUACAGAUGGGCAUCAAGUAUAUCCUAUUGAAAGGAAAAAUAUGCUUUUUGAGCGUUUAUCUCCCUGUGGAAAGUUUCUUGCUAUCGCGCGUGAAACUACUAUAGGUUUAGAAGAUAAAAAGAGGGGAUAUGCAUUUGAUAUUUGGACUGAAAAUAGGUUGAAAGAUACAAUUAUUGCAACCUGCGAGCUGCACGGCCCAAUAUAUACUGAUUCAUUUUUUGGCUGUUUUAAUUGGUCGAGUGACUCAAAAAAAAUAGUUUACUGUGCAGAAAAGAAACAAACCAAGUUUAAGUCUCUGUGGUGGCCUAAAAUUGAUUUAGCAGGUGUAAAAACGGAAGAAAGGCAAGAUAAAGAAGACUUCCUUAGUAGGAAGAGUAAAUUUCAUUUUAAAGAAGAUUGGGGUGAAUUGUACGAUAAAAAGGCUUUCGCACGACUAUUUGUAGUGGAUAUUGAGAGGGGCUGCAUCGAAGAAGUUGAGGGAAUACCGGAAGAUCUUUGCAGUGGGGAUGCUAGUUGGACUUCUGACAAUUCUGGCCUCGUUUUUACGGGAGUGCCUCUAGAUGCCUCCUCUAAACGCUUAGGGCUUUUAUACUGCUAUAAUAGACGACAUGGACUAUACUUUUUUUCACAUUCCACGGAGCAGCACCCAUCCUCAACUCUCUCUGUGAAAAAUUUAACGCCGGACAUCUUUGCCUCCCGGUCUGGCAGGUUUAAUCCAUCUUAUGAGCGACUGGCUUUUCUGUUUGUGAAGGAGUGCGUCUCGCAUAACACUGCUCACUGCCUCGGAGUGCUGGAUUGGCGCUCUAAAGAAAUUCUUAUAGUGCUUGACACUGUCUACACAGCGCCCUACCCAGAAAGUUUUCCAGGCCUUUACGUUACUUCCCUACCUCAACGUUGUUGGGUGCAACUUUCAAAGCAAAAAGAAGCUAUUUUAUUAACCAGUCAGUGGAGGUCUUUAUCUGCGGCUCUUUUAGUUGAACUCAACACUUCAACUGUUUGGCGGUGUACAACAAAUGCCGCCUCCAUAUCUUCCCUUCGUGCGUUUGAUGCGGUAGGCAACUUUUUACUGCUUUCCUCUUCAACGCCCUCGUCUCCUCCAGGCUUGGUGUUAUUAAAAGUUACAGAUAAUUCAAAAGAUGAAAGAUUGACCUUUGACAGCAAAGCUUUGACCGACCUUGAGCAACUGGAUAUUAAGUGGGGGAUAUAUCCCGUCUCGUUACCUCAUAGCCCUAAAGAAACUUUUGAAAUUAUUGUAACGUCUCCAAAAGGAAAAUGUGGACCUUUCCCUUUAAUAAUCUGCCCGCACGGUGGGCCUCACUCUGCUUAUUCUGCGGCAUUCGACGAAAGAAACGCCUUCUUAAAUAAUCUUGGUUACAUCGUUUGCUACGUCAACUAUCGAGGAUCUACGGGGUUUGGGCUCCACUUUUUAAAUUCUCUCGUAGGAGAGUAUGGCCGUCUUGACGUGGAGGAUGUUCAAGCUGCAAGGGAGUACUGCUGCGCAAAUUUUGAUGUAGAUAGGAAAAAAGUAGCCAUUAUAGGCGGCAGUCAUGGCGGAUGGUUAGGUGCGCAUUGCAUAAGCAGAUAUCCUCAAUGCUAUCAAGCGUGCGUCUUGCACAAUCCCGUAACCAACCUUGUCGGUCAAGUGGCCACGAGCGAUAUCCCCGAUUGGGCUUACGCUGCCGUGGGAUUGCCGUACCGCACGUGCCCGUCCGCUGAGGAAAUUUCCCUCCUUUAUAAAAAUUCUCCUGUUGCUAAUGAUCUCUCGUGCGUGACUACUCCGACUCUCUUUACACUCGGAGGGAAAGACAGGCGUGUCCCACCUUCACAAGGCCUGCAGCUUUAUUAUGCACUUUUGGCCCGAAGUGUUCCUGUGAAGACCUUCUGGUACCCCGAAGAUUCACAUCCGAUUGACUCUGUCGACGCGCAUUAUGACUCUUUAGUCCAGAUCGCUUUGUGGCUCGAUAAAUACUUGUUUCAAGAGCACUAAAGUUUUUUCAAAAAAAUGUAAGUUUUAGGGCUUUUUUAUAUGAAUUGUACUCACCAGAGUC